GAACCACGAGAUCAUGACCCGAGCUGAAGUCGGCGCGUAACCGACCAAGCCACCCAGGCGCCCCUCAACUACUGUACUUUUGACGUAUGUCCACAAAUCCUUCCAAAUUCUCCCUUCCCAAAAGGUGGAGCUUCGUUCCUCUAUCUUGGGGGGGUGGUUGGAAGGGGUGUUUCUGGACCCGAGUCAUAGUUACGCGGUAUGUUUGGUCUAUGAAAAUUCUUCCGGGUGUCCACGAAUGAUCUGUGUGCUCUUCCUUAAGUGUGUCAUACUUUGAUCAAAAGUUCAAUUGAUGGGGCUCCUGGGUGGCUCAGUUGGUUGAGCGUUGGACUCUUGGUUUUGGCUGAGGUCAUGAUCCCAGGGUCAUGGGGGCUAGCCCCAUGUUGGGUUCUGUGCUGAGCAUAAAGCUUGCUUGAGAUUCUCCCUCUCCCUCUGCACCUCUCCCCACCUCCUGUUCUCUCUCCCUCUAAAAUAAAAAAUAAUAAAGAAGGCAAGAGAAAUGCACAAGGAAAGAAGGAAACAGAACUAUCUGUCCCAGAAAUGCACAUGUUGGCGUUAGAAUCACAACAAAAUACAAAGAAGCGACAACUAAAGCUACCCCUAGGGGGUGGGAGGGCCUGUGACAGGAUUAUGCAGCGGGGGAUGUCUAUGCUGCUGGCACAGUUCCAUUUCCUGACCUGAGCGGUAACAACAUGGGUGUCUUGUUUAUGAUUCUUUCAACUGCACGUUCUGGCCGAGUCAGCUGACACUCGCUUGUGAGACCUGAUGGUUGACUCUUCGGGACUCUGCUGACCACGCAGACGUCAUAUUGGUAGCUUGAAAUUGGCCGGAAACCAACAGCCGCUACAAACCAGGGUCUUUUUAAUGUCUUUCUUUCUUUUUUUUUCUUUCUUUCUUCUGGAGAACUCAUUGGUAAACGCUUCCCAGCACAUCCCAGCUUCUUGAUGUAUGUUAUCGUAAUUAAACAUUUUAAAGUUAUUUUUUAAUGGUGGUAAAAUACGCAUAAAAUUGAUCAUCUUCGUCGCUUUUACGUGUCCAGUUCAUCUGCUCAAAUUUGAGAACCAUUAUCAUAGGUCACUGGGAGGAUGAAACAGAUGCAAAAUACUUAGAGCGGUGCCUGGCCUUGUAGCCUAGCCCACACUGCGAAGCAGAAACGCUCAUUAUCAUUGUUAUCCUAGAGGAGAUCCAGCCCUAUGCGGGGGUUGUAUCUUGGCUGUGCCCUCUCUUUGGGUCUGGUGGGGUCUGGGUCCCCGGUCUCUGCUGAAUCGAGACCUUCUCGCCCUUCUAGAUGAAGAUGACAGUGAGCUGGAGCACGUCACUCCGUCCCUGGUUAAAGGUUAUCACUUGCUCCUGGAAACGGGAAAGGUCGGGGUUGUGGGGGGCAUGCCAGCCUCCCCUCUGCUGGAGGAGAUAAAGGAGGUCACUUGCCUUCUCCGUGACAGGUGGGGGGAACCCGGGGUGUAUAAAUGGGGGGCCAGGAGGCAGCAGAGACACAGACUCCCAGGGAGGUUGCAUCGCUGUGCCCCAGCGUCCCAGGUGUUCCUGUCCAGCAUGGCCAAGCGCUCGCUGCUGCUGCUGCUGGCCGUGUGGGUGCUGGCUGGGGAGCUGUGGCUGAGCACCGAGGCCCGGGCAUCACCCUACGGAGUGAAGCUUUGCGGCCGGGAAUUCAUCCGGGCCGUCAUCUUCACCUGCGGGGGCUCCCGAUGGAGGCGGUCAGACAUCCUGGCCCAUGAAGCUACGGACACAGACUCUGACACAGACAGCGAGCUGGACGGGGCAGUAGCCUCCAGCGAGUGGCUGGCCCUGACCAAGUACCCCCGGGCUUUGUAUGCAGACCGACCUGGCUGGCAGGGAACUCCAGGGGCUCUGCGCCCUGUCCGUGAUGUCCUGGGUGGCCUCUCCAGCAACUGCUGCAAGUGGGGGUGCAGUAAGAGUGAAAUCAGCAGCCUCUGCUAGACCAGCGACCGGGUGGCCAGGGCCCCAGGGGCCAGCUGGGCACCUGACUCUGGCCCCUCAUGCGUUCAUUCAUCCGCAAGUCAGGAGUCAGGCACUGGGCACUUGGACACGCUGCCCCCCCCCCCCCCAUGACCCUGACCUUUGACCAGCCUCUCCUAAACCCCAGCAAACUUCCCCUACCUGGCCAAAUGGGAACCUCUGAUCCUGACCCCUGACCUCUCCUUAGGUCCUAUCAUGCCUUUGCCUGGCCUAUACCGUUCCCUGCCGCAGUGGCGCCCCUAUUGUACUGAAACCGGCCACGCUGAGACCUUUGCCCAAACUGUGAUUCUCUCGUGCCCCAACUGUGGCCACUCUUCCAAAUUACGCCCCCGCUCCAUUCCAGCCUUUGCUCGGUGCCUUCUCCCUGCCUUCCAGCCCCUCCUCCUCCAACCCCACCGGCUGGGGUUCUAGAGCUGUGGACCUUAGAAUAAUGGUGGGGACCCCUGGGCUCCCUUCACCCAUCCUGGGGUGGGAGGCUCGGUGGGGGGGACCGAUCGGAACCUUCUUCGACCCCAAUAAUAAAAGUUCCAAAGGAC